AUGGUUCGUUAUCUGUAUUACUUUUCAAUCCAUAAAACAAACAACUUUCAGAUGCUAGGAAUCCGAAACUUAUUCAUUGGUAUCUGCUUAAUUCUUCAAUUUGCGUUUUCACUUGAUAUAACUUCUGACCGUGUUGAUCGUGGUACAAUUGAUAUUGGCUUGGGUGAUACUACAAUCCAUUCUGGUGCUUCUUGGUCAAUCAUCAAUAAUGCCAUAACAGCUCUUGCUGGUUCACUUACUGUCGAAUCUGAUGCUGGAUUUUACAUUACCCUGACGUCCCCAUUAAUUGGUCUUGAUGUUACCUUACUUGCUGCUUUUGGUUCAAUUGUCAAUGAUGGUAUCGUUGCUUUCAAUUCUGUCGCAUCGUUAUUUAGUUCAGACUAUGAUUUAAGGGGCACUUCAUUUACAAAUAAUGGUGAAAUGUAUCUUGGUGCUUCGGGUCUUCUUCUCAGUAGUAUGUCUAUUAAUUCAGUGGAAUGGCAUAAUAAUGGUUUGUUGGUAUUUUACCAAAAUCAAAGAUUUGGUGGAAGUUUAUCCUUAGGUCCUCUCCUUGGGGGGGCUAUCACCAAUGAUGGAACUAUUUGCUUAAGCAAUCAGGUGUACCAGCAAAGUACAGUUAUUUAUGGUAGUGGAUGCUUUGUCACUGAGGAAGAUUCCACAAUUUACAUUCCUAAUUCAUUGUUAUCAGUUGACCAAAAUCAAAAUUUUUAUCUCAAAGACAGUAAAUCAUCAAUUAUUGUUGAGGCUCUUUCAGCUCCUCAAACUUUCAAUGUUUAUGGUUUUGGAAAUGGUAACAAAAUUGGAUUAACAAUACCACUUCUUGGUAAUCUUCUUCCAUACUACCCUGCCUACAGUUAUGAUGAAUCUACUGGUAUUUUGACUUUAAGAAACCUUUUAUUGACACAAAAAUUUAACAUUGGUAAAGGCUACGAUUCAGAUCUCUUUAAGAUCGUUACAGAUUCAGGUGCUGGAUUACCUUCAACAUUGCUUGGUAGUCUUCAAUAUAACGGCCCAGUUCCAGAUCAAUCUUUGCCCUCCUCAUGUCAAGUUGAGUGUAAGCAACUUCCAGACGCUCCUGGUACUGAGCCAACGGAAUUUACUACUACAGUCACUACUACUGCUUCCGAUGGAUCUGAAUUAACAGAAACUGGCAUUGUUGAAGUUACUACAGAUUCUCAAGGGUCUUGGUACACGACCACAUCAAUUUUCCCAACCGCGUCCACCAGUAACUCUGAAGUCGUGUCCUCAACCGAUGAAUCCAGUACCUCCAGUGAAGCUACCUCAUCUACUGAAUCUGAUGUCCAAACUGAGUUCACUUCCACUUGGACCACCACCAACGAUGACGGUUCUGUUGAAACUGAUUCUGGUAUUGUCAGCCAAUCUGGCACAUCAUUCACCACCUUGACUACUUUCCCACCUGAAUCUACUGAAUCUACUGAAUCUGAUGUCCAAACUGAGUUCACCUCCACUUGGACCACCACCAACGAUGACGGUUCUGUUGAAACUGAUUCUGGUAUUGUCAGCCAAUCUGGCACAUCAUUCACCACCUUGACUACUUUCCCACCUGAAUCUACUGAAUCUACUGAAUCUGAUGUCCAAACUGAGUUCACCUCCACCUGGACCACCACCAACGAUGACGGUUCUGUUGAAACUGAUUCUGGUAUUGUCAGCCAAUCUGGCACAUCAUUCACCACCUUGACUACUUUCCCACCUGAAUCUACUGAAUCUGAUGUCCAAACUGAGUUCACCUCUACUUGGACCACCACCAACGAUGACGGUUCUGUUGAAACUGAUUCUGGUAUUGUCAGCCAAUCUGGCACAUCAUUCACCACCUUGACUACUUUCCCACCUGAAUCUACUGAAUCUACUGAAUCUGAUGUCCAAACUGAGUUCACCUCCACUUGGACCACCACCAACGAUGACGGUUCUGUUGAAACUGAUUCUGGUAUUGUCAGCCAAUCCGGUACAUCAUUCACCACCUUGACUACUUUCCCACCUGAAUCUACUGAAUCUACUGAAUCUGAUGUCCAAACUGAGUUCACCUCCACUUGGACCACCACCAACGAUGACGGUUCUGUUGAAACUGAUUCUGGUAUUGUCAGCCAAUCUGGCACAUCAUUCACCACCUUGACUACUUUCCCACCUGAAUCUACUGAAUCUACUGAAUCUGAUGUCCAAACUGAGUUCACCUCCACCUGGACCACCACCAACGAUGACGGUUCUGUUGAAACUGAUUCUGGUAUUGUCAGUCAAUCCGGCUCAUCAUUGACUACCUUGACUACUUUCCCACCAGAAGAAGAAAGCUCAUUAUUGUCUGGUUCAAAUACUGUCGUCUCUACUUCAGGAUCUGUUAGUGACGUUGCAACAGUUGAGCCGACUGCCAGUGGUUCCGGUUCUGGAAAUGGCUCUGGUUCUGACAAUGGUUCUGGUGAAUCCGGAAAUGGAUCUGGUAAUGGAUCUGGUAAUGGUGAAUCUGGUUCUGGAAAUGGCUCUGAAUCUGGCUCUGGAAAUGGCUCUGAAUCUGGAUCUGGAAACGGCUUUGAAUCUGGCUCUGGAAAUGGUUCUGGAAAUGGGUCUGGUCAAUCUGGCGCUGGUCAAUCUGGUUCUGACAAUGGUUCUGGUGAAUCCGGAAAUGGAUAUGGUAAUGGAUCUGGUAAUGGAUCUGGUAAUGGUGAAUCUGGCUCUGAAUCUGGCUCUGGAAACGGCUCUGAAUCUGGCUCUGGAAAUGGUUCUGGAAAUGGGUCUGGUCAAUCUGGCGGCUGGUCAAUCUGGUUCUGA